AUGGACAUGGAUAUGUCUCUGCAUUUCGGUGAAAGAGAGAAAAUUCUCUUCAGCUGGUGGAAAACUGGAUCGUUUUCUGGAAUGGCAGUUUCCAUGCUCAUCAGCUUCCUUCUGUGCAUUCUCUACGAAGCCAUCAAAUCAUUCCGUUACUUCCUUGCCGUCUGGAAUAAUCAAAAGAGACAACAAAGACAUGCCGAAGCAUCCAUCACGAAUCCACAGAAUAGUGGAGGUGACACGAUUUCCGAAGAUUCGGUUCACAUCGCUCCGCUCGUUCAACUCUCUGGGUUCACUAGACGAUUAUUCACUUCGUACCGCCUCGCUCAAGGAGCUCUCUACGGUCUUCAGGCUCUUCUCGCGUACGCUCUCAUGCUCAUCGUCAUGACAUACAACAUGAAUUUGAUCUUGUCAAUUGUUGUCGGAGAAGCCGUCGGGUACUUCCUGUUCACUGGAAAUCCACUGGUCGACCAGCAUCUCACCGAUUGUUGCUGA